AUGAAAAUUAAAUAUUUUAUAUUACUAAUCUGUAAUAUCACUCUAUGCUAUGCUGCGUUACCUAUCAAUGUUGUCAGCUAUGGUUUUAAAUUACUGUAAGUUUAAAAUUUUGUUAGAUUUUAAAAAGAUAAUCAUGUUAAUUUGAAUAACUUAAAGGAAGAUCAAAGCAUUAUUUACCUUGACUCUGAUUAAAAUCAAUGGGUAUAUAGUAGAUUAAAUUAAAACGGUGAUAUUAUUCUUUCAAUUAAGCUCAAAGGUUUUAUGGGAAAAUCUAGUUUAAAUGACGAAUAUAUGAUUGAACCAGAUAAAUCUAAUCACCGCUAUCUCUAUAUAUUUAGUUAUUUUUAAGGGCAAUAUCAAUAAAUAGAUUACGAAUUAUUAUUAUAAACUCAAAAUAAUUAAGAAUUCGAUUGUAAGAAUGAUAUUAAAUCAUAUGGAGAUAGAAAUACAAGAUACUUAAAAAGAGAUUCAUUAUAUCUGAAAGGAGGCAAUUUAAAAAUAAGCUAAAUAAGUAAAAUGUUCUCUCCUGAAGAUUAACUAACUCAAUAAGUUAUUAGGUUUUAGAAAACUCCAUAUUACUUCUAUUAUUAAGAGUCUACUAGUCAAAUAAAUUAUUUUUUUUGGAAAGGCAGCAAGUAUCAAAUAAAUACUUAUACAAGAUAUCUGGUUGUUGAUUAUGAAAAUGAUAUAGUUUUAACUGAUGCCAGAAUAUUAGGAAAAUUUAGUUUUGAAAAGGAUGUUAUUGAAUUUAAAUAAUAAAUAUAGUUAAAAAAUGGUUUAGAUAAAAUAGCCCUCACUGAAAUAUAUACAGUUAAUCAGGUUAAAUUGAUUGGAAUUAAUGAUGAUUCUCUAAAAUUUUAUGAUCUAAACACUUUUCAAUAAGUUAGCUUAAGUAGUAAUAGUGAUCAAAUUGGAUAAAUUGAUUAUUUUAAUGAAUUAUUUUUACAUAAAAAUUUAAUUUUUGUCAAAACUGAUGUGUAUAAAAUGAGUUAUGACCAAGCAAGCAACGAAGUUAUCUUAAAAAAAUUAAAAUCUCUUAAUAAAAAAUUAAAUCUGACAUAAAAAACAGCAGAUGAUGCAAUAUGGGCAACACCAUUUACAUAAGGAUAAACAAAAAUGUUGUAAGUUGAUGGCUAAAAUCAAAUAAUUUCUAUGGAAAGAAUCAUAUGUUAGGAUGGAUAAUUUUUGACACCAAAUUCAGAUUGCCUAUAAUGUAAAACAGAUGAAGUAUUUCAGAUUGAUAAAUGUGUCAGCUGUCCUCAAGGUUCAAAAAAAUUAAAUAUAACUGAUAAUAUUUGUAUUCCUUGUGAUUAGCCCACUGCCUAAAAAUCUUGUGAAUGCCAAAAUUACAAUUACUAAAAUUCUUCUCAAAAAUGCAUCCAAUGCUAGUCUGGUUAAUAAUUUAAUAAGACUAAAGACUCUUGCGAUUAAAUAUGUGAUGAUGGAAGUUUUUUUAAUGGCUCAACUUGCUAAAAAUGUACAAAAAAUUGUAUUAAGUGUUCGAAUGAUAAAACUUGUGAUUAAUGUGAUGAAACAAAUGGAUAUUUUUUAGAUGCUAAUAAAUAAAAUUGCUUUAAGUGUGAUCAGAAUCUUAAUUAAAUUUUAAAUAAUCAGAAAAAUGGAUGUGAUUGUUAAAAAGGUUAUUUUUUAGACACUGAUUCUUAAUGCAAAAAGUGUAAAAAAGGGUGUGAUGAUUGUGAUAAAAACAAAUGUAAUUAAUGUGUUGCUGGAUAUUAUAAAAUCAUUUCUGCUUUAUUAUAGCUUAACCUUGACCCUCUUUCUAAAAUGAUCAAACAAUGA